CGGCCCGGCCCGGCCCGCACCGCCGCGAUGGCUACCACGGUCAUCUGCACCCGCUUCACCGACGAGUACCAGCUGUACGAGGACAUCGGCAAGGGGGCUUUCUCGGUUGUGCGACGUUGUGUCAAACUUUGUACUGGACACGAAUAUGCAGCCAAGAUCAUCAACACCAAGAAGCUCUCUGCAAGAGAUCACCAGAAACUGGAGCGAGAGGCUCGGAUCUGCCGCCUCCUGAAACAUUCCAACAUCGUGCGUCUCCACGACAGCAUCUCGGAGGAAGGCUUCCACUACCUCGUCUUCGAUCUGGUGACCGGCGGGGAGCUCUUUGAGGACAUCGUGGCCCGAGAAUACUACAGCGAAGCCGACGCCAGUCAUUGCAUCCAGCAGAUCCUGGAGGCCGUUCUCCAUUGUCACCAAAUGGGGGUCGUCCACAGAGACCUCAAGCCGGAGAAUCUUCUCCUGGCCAGCAAGUGCAAGGGGGCUGCGGUGAAGCUGGCGGAUUUCGGGCUGGCUAUCGAGGUGCAGGGGGACCAGCAGGCGUGGUUCGGGUUUGCCGGGACUCCGGGCUACCUGUCCCCUGAGGUUCUACGGAAAGAAGCCUACGGGAAGCCGGUGGACAUCUGGGCCUGUGGGGUCAUCUUGUACAUCCUCCUGGUGGGCUAUCCACCCUUCUGGGAUGAAGACCAGCACAAGCUGUACCAGCAGAUCAAGGCCGGCGCCUAUGACUUCCCGUCCCCGGAGUGGGACACAGUCACACCGGAAGCAAAAAAUCUCAUCAACCAGAUGUUGACCAUCAACCCGGCCAAACGAAUCACAGCCCACGAGGCCCUGAAACACCCAUGGGUCUGCCAACGCUCCACGGUGGCAUCUAUGAUGCACAGACAGGAGACUGUGGAGUGCCUGAAGAAGUUCAAUGCCCGGAGAAAGCUCAAGGGUGCCAUCCUCACCACCAUGCUGGCCACAAGGAACUUCUCAGUGGGCCGGCAGACCACCGCUCCAGCCACAAUGUCGGCCGCAGCUUCCAGUCCCACCAUGGGGCUGGUGGAACAAGCCAAGAGUCUGCUGAACAAGAAAGCAGAUGGGGUCAAGCCUCAGACAAACAGCACCAAGAACAGUGGUGGUGCCACCAGCCCUAAAGGAAGCCUCCCUCCAGCUGCCCUGGAGCCUCAAACCACUGUUAUCCACAACCCGGUGGACGGGAUUAAGGAGUCGUCAGACAGCACUACCACCACCAUAGAGGAUGAAGACACAAAAGCCGCCAGGAUCUCUGACCUCCUGAGCACGGUGAGGAGGGGCUCGGGGCCACCAGACGCCGAGGGGCCCCAGCCCGCUGCCCCACAGCCGUGCCCUUCUCCGUCCUUCCUAAACUCCCUGUCUGGCGCUCCCGCCCGGAUCUCUGACCUCCUGAGCACGGUGAGGAGGGGCUCGGGGCCACUGGACACCGAGGGGCCCCAGCCCGCUGCUUCACAGCCGUGCGGCCCGUCUCCGUCCUUCCUAAACUCCCUGUCCGGUGCGCCCGCUCGGAUCUCUGACCUCCUGAGCACGGUGAGGAGGGGCUCAGGGCCACCGGACGCCGAAGGGCCCCAGCCCGCUGCCCCCCAGCCAUGCGGCCCAUCUCCGUCCUUCCUAAACUCUCUGUCGGGCCCGUCCCGCAAGCAGGAGAUCAUCAAGAUCACGGAGCAGCUGAUCGAGGCAGUCAACAACGGAGACUUCGAGGCCUAUGCGAAAAUCUGUGACCCAGGCCUCACCUCAUUUGAGCCCGAAGCCCUGGGCAACCUGGUUGAAGGGAUGGACUUCCACAGGUUCUACUUUGAGAACUUGCUAGCCAAGAACAGCAAGCCCAUCCACACCACCAUCCUGAACCCCCACGUGCACGUCAUCGGCGACGAUGCAGCCUGCAUCGCAUACAUCCGCCUGACCCAGUACGUCGACGGGCAGGGCCGCCCGCGCACCGGCCAGUCGGAGGAGACCCGCGUCUGGCACCGCCGCGACGGCAAGUGGCAGAACGUCCACUUCCACUGCUCAGGCGCGCCCGUGGCCCCGCUGCAGUGAAGAGCCAGUCCUGGCAGUUGUGGUUUCAUCCUGACGGAGACGGUGAUUGGAGCGGAGCCGCUGCCGCUCGCCGGGUGGCAGGGCCCCGCCUUGUCGCAUGCUCGUGUCUGCCUCGCCCCUUCCUUUUCCUCCCCUCCCCAGCGCCUAUGUCUACAGAAAACAAGACCAGACAGGAUUCCUUCUUUUUUAAAAAAAAAAACACAAAAAAACACAUCAACAAAACAACCCCAAAACAACGCGAUGAAAACCAAGAAGCCAACGAACCAAAAGCUCUAACAACAGCAGCAGCGACAACGGAUCAUUGGCGUUUGUGGGGCUUUGAAACUUACCAACCCGCCCUCUCCUCCCCCCAACCCCUCCAGUCUGCAGCUCCGCGUGUGUGUGUCCGUCUGCCCGUCCGUCUGUCGGCUGUCUCCGGGUGACCAGGUGUUGCAAUGAAAACGUCUGCAAGGCUCCACCGCCCUCUGUUCGCCCUCCCUUGUUGAACAGUGUUAGUUUGUUAGAUGAAAAAAAAAAGAGCAACAAAACCCACAAAAAUCCCAUAAAAAAGAAAGGCAUUUUGCAUCCUUUGCUGAGCAUGGGCCUUUGCCACCGGCGUGUGCUUGCACGUGGCUGCCGUGAGCUGUUCCUGUUCCUCCGCUGGGGGUCACGGGGUCCUACCCCUCUUUCCGGUCAUCGCCCUUUCUUCUGUCGCCUCAGAUUCCUCGGGAACGCCCCUCGGAAGAGGGGGCCGCUCUGUCGGGCGCCACGGGGCCUCGGGUUUUACUCCCCAGCUGGCAGGCCGGGCUCCUGGGAAUCCACAGCUCGGACAUCCCCGCUCUCCCUAGCUCUGGGAGCUGAGGGGUGAGAACUGAGGCUCCCCCUGAGCCGCUUCUCCCGUGGAAAAGCCCAGAGCGGAGACGGUCAGGGUGGAACAGGGUUGGUGGGAGGAGGUAGGUUCUGGGCUGCUGGAGUGGUGGGAGGUUGGAGGCGGGGUGGUCCCCACCCUAUGAGAGACUGGCGAGUGUGGUGCUGGAGAUUUGUAAUGAAACAUGCCCCUCCACCCUCCCAACUUUUAAAUUCCCAGAGUCAACUCGAAGGUGGGAGGGGUGGCCCGGCCUGGGCUGAGAGCUGAUCCCUGCCUCACUUCCCAGAGGCUCAGAAGGCAGGAAGCAGGGACUCCAUGUCCCUUCCACCUGCUUACCCCCACAACCUUGGAGGCAUCUGCCCAGCUCUUCUCCAGGGAAAUGGGACAGAGAGGGGCAGACGGAGACCAAGGUGGUGGGGGUGGGGCGCUGGGGUCUGGAGGAGUAGUAGGUGGGAAGAAACCCUCCUCCUCCUCGGAGGUGUGGUUUGUCAUACCAUAGGCCCAGGUGGGUCUCUGGAACUGAGAAGCAUAGGGGCCUGUGAGAGGCACUGGCGGGGCUGAUGUUGGCAGCAGUGAUGCUUGUGGCAUGGUGAUGGUGGUUUCCAAGCCGAUCCCCUUCCCAGUCCUCCCUAACCUUGUUUCCACCCUCCGUUGCUCUGAUUCACCCUGGCACCACAACCUUCACUGCCCCCCCACCUUCCGCACCCAACGAGGAGAGCCCUCAACUAGGCCUUUGGGCCCCAUCCGCAGCCAGAGAUGGCUCCAACUAGCAGACCAGACUGGCCAGGGCAGGGCUGCUGGGGAACCCGGACCUGGAGAGGUUUGAGCUUCGUGGGCCAGAGUGGCCAGGACACGUGGACUGAGCCUUCACCCCGACCUUGGUGGGGCCGCAGGGGAGCCUCAGCCUGGAGGGGCUUGAGCGUCGUGUUUCCAGCUGCCCGGGCUGGAUGAGUCAUUCCGUGAUGAUUCCCCUGGAUCUUCCGACCGGGAGCUGCUCCAGCCUCAGCUAUGCCAGCCACACAGGUCCACUUCCGUGACUGCUUAUAAGAGAGCAGGGGCUGGCAGACAGCCCAAACCCAGUCUAUUGAGUAGGCACCGGACAAGGAACUGGCCAUUAGCCCAAAGGAAAGUAAGAUACCGCUCCAGAUGGCUCCCAAGCCACCAGAGGUUCCAGCAGGGUCUUCGAGGGCAUGCUGUGAGAAGUGGGAGGACCGCACUAUACCCAGCAUCCACCUGGCAUCCAGUCGGCGCCCGAGAGGCUGAGAAGUCAGGGUUCCGUCAAGGUCACUUUUCCCUGUGGGCAUCGAGCAGUCAGACACCACCACAAUGUCCAGCUUGUUCAUGGGGAGAUCAGGGCAUCCACCCUUCUGUCCAGCCAGAGCUUCACCAGUUGGUUCACAUCUCAUCCUCAUCCACAGUGGCACUGAUCGGGUGCCUUCUGGGGUAUGAGGCACUGUUCUGAGUGGUUGGGAGAGAGCGACAGAAGCCAUUUACCCUGCUCCCUGGAAGUUUCCACUCUAAUGCAGCAGUGUGGUCGCAGUGAAAUGAAAUGUCCGCUUUUUUUUUGAGUGCCCUGAGCCACCUCGAGCCGCAAGCGACAUUUGGAGUCAGGGAUGGAUGAAGCCAGCGGCCCAGACUUGAGUCUUGUCGGUAGUGGCCUGGGUUUGCAGCCCGGGGGCACGGGAGGGGAAUGGGUGUCAGGAGGAGAGGGGUUGGGAGUGGCAGAAGAGGCAUUCUGAAGCUGUACCCGUAAGGGUCAGCAGUGGAUUGUUUAGUGGUGACAGUGGCGGGUAGGCCAGCCUGGGGAGAGGACAGGGAAGCUGGGGCUGUGUGAUAGCAGGAAGGCAGAUGGGCGGCUAGGAACCUAAGCCAUAGAAUUGGUGGCAGCCAAGUAGCUCAGUCGGUGGUCUUCCACACCCAGGACAGCGUUCAUGGGGUGGGGAGGGGGCUCCUGGGCAGCCACUGUCAUAGUAAUGAACAUCCAACAUCCUUCACUCUCGACCCCCGACCCUGACUUUCCCCUCUCCAUCCCACUUGCCUGUUUUCCCCUCUCCAUCACUCACUGUCCUUGAGUGAGCCAGCCCCAUACCCAUUCAACACCCCUAACUCUCCCCUCUUCAUCCCUGACUCUCCCCCAGGGUCCCAGCACAGACCACCCAGCGCCUUUGACUCUCCCCUCUCCAUCCCUGAUUCACCCCCCAGUAUCUACCGUGGACCAUCCCAUAUCCUGACUCUCCCCUGUCUGGGCCUGAAAUAACCCCAACGCCUGGACACGGUCCUCUCCUCUGUGGAUUGAGCUGAACUUUUCAGCUGCACACCUCAUUGUGGGAGCAAAUUCCCCGUGUUCACCCCCACACUGAUUGAUGAAUUGUUUGUUUUCUUCUGUUCCAAAUCUGGCACUUUCAAACCUCAGCGGUGCCCCUUAUCUUGCUGAGGUAAAAUAUGGGGAACAAUUCCAUGUAAGCCCUGCCCACACCCUCGUGGAUUUUUAAUUCCAGAGUGUGUUACAGGUGUACAGGGAAGAGGGCACUUGCUGACCUUCAGUGGGGCUGGGAGCCUCAGAUGAGCCAGAAGAUCACUUCAUACUUCUUCUCUGGUGCCAUCUGCGCUGCCAACCAACGCUCCUGGUUUCCGUCCUCAAGAGGAGGCCGGAGAGGGACCGGGGACCAGAUGGUCCCCUUACCAGUGUUGGGUCCUCAGCAGACCCGGCAGCAUAGACCGUGUAGGAGGGCCCGCUGCCCUGGGGCUACCACCAAGGGGGUGGCCAGUGGAGGACCCUGCCCAGCAUUUCUGGGAGCAACCUCGGCAGAAGUGUGGAGCUGGCAGGGGUGGUCAGCCUCCUGGAUGGCAAAGCAGGCAGCCCAGUGACCAUCGGUGGCACCAGGCUUCCUGGACCAGGGUACUGCCACUUUGUGGAGGGAGAGGCCAGCAGGGAGCACACUGCCCUCACCUGCCCUUUUCGUCCUUCCCACACCCACUACCCAGACAACAUUUCCAUGGACUGAGGGCCAGGAUAUAGAUGGUUGACAUUAGUCCCUCAUCCCGGUGUCCCUCCCACCCUGGGGUCUAGGGUGACCCUGAUCUGGGUGAUAUGGAGAGCUGGCUGGGCAUAAAGUUGACCAGUGGUGCCUAGAGGGAAGGGGCUGGGAGGGCCUCAGGGAACUGGGGGAUGUGAAGAGAAUCUGGGCCGAAGGAAUGUGGCAGGGGACAAUGAACAUCAUGGUUUAUCAGUGCUCUUGGAGAUGGAGUUGUGGGGUGAAGAGGUCAGGGGUGAAUGGAAAGAAACACCAACAGAGGGGAGACAGGCAGAUGGUGAAGUGGUGAAUGGAUGGACAAGAAGGUGGUUGGACUCGUGAAUAGAUGGAUGGAUACAUGGGUGGGUGGACUUUGACCUGGUGUCUCUGUCCCUGGUGAGCGGGGGAGAUGGCUUGUGGUCCCAUGGGACUUGUAGGCAGGGGACUUCCUGUUUCUGAGAUUGAAGGCCCUUGUCUGUGCCCCCACUCCAUGACUCAGGCUGCAGGCCUCCCGGCUCAGGACUCCAUUUUCGAUGUGUGUCGGGAUACUUGGGGGAACCAAGUGCUGGCACCUUCGUGGCUAGGCUUGUGCCUUCCAAUUGCCUGUUUUGUCCAAAGUUCUGGAUCUUUCUCUAUUCAGGGAAGAGAGGCAGCUAGAGGGUCCAGGACCGAGAUGAGGUCUGGGGCCGAGAUGGAGCCCAGGGCAGAGAUGGUGUUCUGAUUGUCUGUGGUUGUGCUAAGAGAUGGCUACUGUAAAGAUGCCCUCUGGGGAUGGGAGAGUUAAGGGCUGGAAGCAGAGCAGGCUGGGAAGCAGGGCAAAGGGAUUCCGUCCGCCCCGCCCCCCACAUACACCAAUGCUGAAAAGACACCCUCCGGACAGCCCCAAGAGGAAGGGCCACAGCAGCCCCAACCUCCAAUGGCGGGCGACCCCAAUUUAAAUUUUCAUUCCAAACCGAGAUCUCUUCUCCCAGUAUCUCCUAAUGCAACUGGACCGAAGGAGGCGAGGGGGAGAAGACCUAGGGCCGGUGGGGGCGGGAGGACAAGACCCAGGAAGGGAUGGGCUCACCAAGCCUCAGGAGAAGGGGGAUGCUGGAAAACCGAAAGAAAGUUUCUGGUUGGGAGACUUUUUUUGUAUGGUACUCUCCCAUGCGCUUAAUAGAGUGCUCUGCACAAAGUAAGUGAACAAUAAAUAGCAUUGAAUGAUCAAUUAAUUAAUUGCAAGGUGCUGGGGGUCGGGGGAGAGGAGCCUGAGAAUUGCUUCCUGGGACUCUGCUUUCCCAGGACAUUGCGAGUCCGAGAAUAAGGGUGGCGUUGGGCCCCAGCAGCGAAAGGGUGGGUGAUGCAGCACCCAACAGUGUCAUACCCCCUUCUCCCCUGCCCCAAGCUCUCUUUCCCUUCUUUUGCUGUUUUUCCGAUUUCCCAUGGAGCCCGGGGUGGGGGGUGGGAUUUGGGGACUUUCAAGGGAAUCCUUUUUCUUUUUUUCUUUCUUUUUUUUUUUUGCAUGCCCUCUAUAGAGGACAACCUUCCUAAACGGGUUGCGAGCGAGCUGGGUGGGGUCCACCUAGCCUUGGAGCUCGCCCCGGAAAGAGAACGCUGCCCCAUGAACCCUGGGGAGGGGGGAGGGGGGUUCCUUCCUCUUUUCUGACUUCCUCCUCUCUCUUUCUUUGCGCUGAGUUUCACUGUCUUUUCUUUCUGAGCCUUGUAAGUGUAAAGAUGAUUCUUAUUUUGUUCUGCCUCGGGAAACUGCAAAUAAAAAAACAAAAAUGGGAAAAAA